UUCCAUGUGUCACCCAAAUAACAGAGGGUGGACGAGAUUUUGGUGCCUCCCUAAAACCCUAUUCACGCUGCUUUCACUCUCUACACCCCCUCCAUAAAUCUUCACUCUUCUGCCUUCCACUCUUAAAAAACCUCGACAAACCCUAAACAGCAUUUCCCAGAAGCCAAAACCAGCGUGUAAUUCUGAAAAUGUCCGGUUCACUGGACAUGUCCCUCGACGACAUCAUCCGAAAUAAAAGCAGAUCCGAAGGGCAUUCUCGUGAUUCCCGACGCAAGCCACGUGCCCCCGCCCCAGGACCUGAUCGUCGUGGCCCCAUCCGCGACCAGCCAAGAAUCAACCCGUACCCAGUCAGACCAAUGCAAUUAGAGGUGCCCGCAUGGCAGGGACAGUUGGUUUCGAGUGGAGCACUGGAUGUGGAGGCGAAGCUAUAUAUAUCGAACUUGGAUUACGGUGUUUCUAAUGAGGAUAUUAAGGUGCUUUUCUCUGAGGUUGGUGACUUGAAGAGGUACUCAAUUAAUUACGAUAAGAGUGGAAGAUCAAAGGGAACUGCAGAAGUUGUCUUUUUCAGACAGGCAGAUGCUUUGGCAGCUAUCAAGCGAUACAACAAUGUUCAACUUGAUGGAAAACCAAUGACAAUUGAACUUGUGGGAGCUAAUGUGGUUAUGUCUGCGUCCGUCCCUCCGACCAAAAGCGGCAUUCUGAGAGCACCAAAUAUGGCCUCUAGAAGGGAUCUAGAAAAGAUUGGUGUUGGAAGGGGAUGGGUUCGUGGUGGUGUCAGCCGCAGAUUUGGUCGAGGACGUGGACAUGAACAUGAACGAGAUGGACCAAUUGGUAAGAAAUUAUCUGCAGAAGAUCUUGAUGCUGAUUUGGACAGGUACCAUUUAGAAGCUACAAGAAUUAAAUGAUGAUAUUUUGCUUGUUCCAUUACUCUUAGUUUUUGAGGGGAAAAAAACAGAAGAGGUUAUUUCAUUUGUUCGAUUACUCUAGUUCUUGAGGGGAAAAAAGAAGAGGUAUAUGGUUGGAAAAUGGUCACUGACAUUAAGAAUGUUGAAAGUGCAGAUUCUCUCGUGUUUUUUAUUUUCCUCGACUUCACUAGGAUAAGUUCUUGUUUGUAUUAAAAAAAAGUAAUUAAAUGUAAUUUUCAGAAAUUUAGAA